AUGUUGUACUACCAACGGAAACGCGCGCGUAAAGCGACCUCCACGGCAGCCAGCAGAAGAGAUAAACAGUGGAAGUCUCCUUACAGGAUCGAUUUCGAGCAUGAUGAGAAGCAUUUCUUUAUGAUCCCCAUCCACAACAAGGACAAAUGGUACAAAACCUGCAACAGGCAGAUAAAUCAGGAGUGGAAGCGCAUCCGUGGGAAGGAGCUGAAGACACUCGAACGUAGUGAGGUGAUGCCGCCUAGCCUAGUGUUUUCCAGCGGAAAAAACGAGCGCGUUCAGGUGAUAGCCUUGUGCUCCGUCUCACGUAUUCCAUCUUGUGCUAGGCGAUGCCUGCUGGAAGUGAUAGUGACGCAGGAGUACUGCUACUAUCUAAACAUAGAACAUAUCUUCGUGGCUCUGCGAGAUCAGAACGUGUUUCGAGCAAAGUUCCGGUACAACUUUAAACGAACAUUGGCCUAUGGCGAAAUUUUAGAGCGCUCCGAGCGCAAAGGAAUUUCCAAAUUUUUCGUUUCGGCCGAACCACAGCAGUGGAUAGUGAAACAGUACGAAUCUUCCGAGGAGGAGCUGUACGCGCAACGACAAAACUGCUACUACUAUUACUAUUACAACGAGGAGGAAGACGACGAUACCUACCAGGAUUACUAUACGUACAAAAAGCGUGUUGGUUACGAUGGUCCACCACCACCAACCUCGAACGAACCGUACUUCGUGGUACCGAUCCAUCGGUAUCCGGAUUUGAAGGAGCAAUGCGUACGUCUCAUCAACUCCGAGUGGCCACGUUCCCGAAUGGCGCGGUUCUGGAGCUUCGAAACUUCGACCGACACACUCCCGAUCACGUUCGUCCUCACGCAGCUAAUUGAUGAUACAAUCACGGUGCUAGGACACGCCAAGGUAUCUCCGGUGCCGGCCGAUGACACAUCAGCAUACGUUGAGUCCGUUGUAGUCGACUACCGCUAUCGAGGUCGGGGCAUCGGUACGCAUCUAAUGAACGAAAUCGAAAAGUACUGCCAGACGGUUAUGAACAUCAACCACAUGUACAUUGCCACGGACGGGCAGGAGGUGUUCUACGCCAAACUGGGAUACAUCUUCUGCAAGGCGAUCAAUAUCUUUGGCACCCGGUCGACGCGCAACACCGUCAGCAAGAAGCACUGGAUGCGCAAAGUCCUGUCCGAUUGGGAACCGUACCCGAUGGGAUACGGUGAUCAUGUACCCAACGAUCUAGCCUCCAGCGAGGUAGCCGUCGAACCUCCGCAGGAGAAACUGUGCGUGGACCAGCUCAUCUGGAACAUCCGUAACAUCGUGUACAACCAAACCAGCGUGACGUUCCGGAAAACGAAGGGCGACGAGAUAGUUUGCGAUCUGUUGAUAAAGAUGCAUGCAAUAUGA